AUGAACGGCACCAGCACCGCAAGGCCGGUAUCGAUGCUCAACUUCAAGGCUGCACACUCGGACAUCUUCGCACAUGGCGCCCGCGGGUCGCCGGCAGCAGGAAUGGAACACGAGCUUCACGGGAACGUUGUACGGGACAUUAUCAAAAAGCGGCGGGAUCAGAGACGCGCACGGCUGCAGCAGCGGUGCCGGACGCACAGCAACGACGCGACGCCGACAACACCAGCAUCGACGAGCCGCAGCGUCACGCCCCUGAAGCGGCAGCCGAGCCAGAGCAGCAGCAAGGCCGAUAGCCCGUUCUCCUCUACCUCGUCCGAGUUCUCGUCCGAGUUGUCAUCUGAAUACUCGUCUGAAUACUCGUCGGAUUUUUCGCCCUGCGUCUCUCCGCUGAUGGAGGACCUCAUGUUAGAGAUCAAGGACGCAAUUCAGAGCAGCGGCACGCACCCCGAGCCCGGCUUGUCGCCGAGGCGGACGGCGUCGGCAUUCGACAUGGACGACAUAUUUGAGUUGAUCGAGGAGGCACAGAGGGAAUAUGAGAGCCUGAGUGACGAAUCACCUGCGCCGCAACGGAGAGACGAGCCGCCUCGACCGCCUCGGUGGAGCUGGGAGAGCCUGCUGGAUCAUUCGUAA